AGCUGUGUCACAGGCACCAUGAGCAAGAUCAGCGACGUGGUGAAGCGCGCCCGGGCCGCCUUCAACUCGGGCCGGAGCCGCCCGCUGCAGUUCCGGACGCAGCAGCUGGAGGCGCUGCGGCGCAUGAUCCGCGAGCGCGAGCAGGACAUCGCGGGGGCGCUGGCCGCCGACCUGCACAAGAACGAGUGGAACGCCUACCACGAGGAGGUGGCCUACGCCGUGGAGGAGCUCGAGAACGCCAUCAAGAAGCUCCCCGAGUGGGCCGAGGACAAGCCCGUGGAGAAGACGCCCCAGAGCCAGCAGGACGAGACCUUCAUCCACUCGGAGCCCCUGGGCGUGGUCCUCGUCAUUGGCACCUGGAACUACCCCUUCACCCUGGUCGUCCAGCCCAUGGUGGGCGCCAUCGCUGCAGGGAAUGCAGUGGUCCUCAAGCCCUCGGAGGUGAGUGAGAACAUGGCGAGCCUGCUGGCCACCAUCAUCCCUCAGUACCUGGACAAGGAUCUGUACCCGGUGAUCAGCGGGGGUGUCCCUGAGACCACGGAGCUGCUCAAGGAGAGAUUCGACCACAUCUUGUACACGGGCAGCACGGCUGUGGGAAAGAUCAUCAUGACGGCUGCUGCCAAGCACCUGACCCCCGUCACGCUGGAGCUGGGAGGAAAGAGCCCCUGCUACGUGGAUAAGGACUGCGAUCUGGAAGUGGCCUGCCGACGCAUUGCCUGGGGGAAAUUCAUGAACAGCGGCCAGACCUGUGUGGCCCCCGACUACAUCCUCUGCGACCCCUCGAUCCAGAAGCAAAUUGUGGAGAAUCUCAAAAAGUCAGUGAAAGAGUUCUAUGGGGACGAUGCCAGGAAGUCCCGUGACUAUGGAAGGAUCAUUAGCGUCCAGCACUUCCAGAGAGUGAUGGGCCUCAUAGAGGGCCAGAAAGUCGCCUACGGGGGAACAGGGGACGCGACCACCCGCUACAUAGCCCCCACCAUCCUCACCGACGUGGACCCGCAGUCCCCGGUGAUGCAGGAGGAGAUCUUCGGGCCCGUGAUGCCCAUCGUGUGUGUGCGCAGCCUGGAGGAGGCCGUCCAGUUCAUCACCCAGCGCGAGAAGCCCCUGGCGCUCUACGUGUUCUCCAACGACAGCAAGGUGGUCAAGAGGAUGAUCGCAGAGACAUCGAGCGGCGGGAUGGUGGCCAACGACGUCAUCGUGCACGUCUCCGUCAACUCUCUGCCCUUUGGGGGCGUAGGCGCCAGCGGCAUGGGGUCCUACCACGGCAGGAAGAGCUUCGAGACCUUCUCUCACCGCCGCUCGUGCCUGCUGCGGUCUCUGCUGAACGACGAGGUCUACAAAGCCAGAUACCCCCCCAGCCCGACCAAGAUGACCUGGCACUGAGGAGGGGCCACCCUGCCGGGCCCCCAUGCUGAGCGCCGCUUCUGGAGCCCGGGCCCCAGCCCCCUGCUCCUCUGCCAACCCGAACUGGCCCCCGACCCCCAGGUGGACCUCGUGCCUCACCCCUCCGUGUCCCCAAACCUUGCUAGACACACAGAAACCAAUAAAG